AUGACGCCCGGGCUGCUCCCACUGCUGCUGCUGCUUCUGGCCGGACCCCCCGCGGCACAGCCCGCACCCCCGACCUGCUACUCCAGGAUGCUGACCCUGAGCCGGGAGGUCACGGGGGACGCCCAGCGCCUGCAGGCCAUGGAGCCCUCGGAGGCGUGUGUGAGGUACCUGCCCAGGCUAUACCUGGAUAUACACAACUACUGCGUGCUGGCCAAGCUGCGGGACUUUGUGGCUUCGCCCCAGUGCUGGAAAGUGGCCCAGGUGGAUGCCUUGAAGGACAAAGUGCGGAAACUGUACACCAUCAUGAACUCCUUCUGCAGGAGAGAUUUGGUGUUCCUCUCUGAUGACUGCGAUGCCUUGGAAUACCCAGUCCCAGUGACCACGGUCCUGCCAGGCCAUCAGAGAUAG